GCGGCCAUGGCCGCGGGGCGGGCGGCCCUGGCGCUGUGGGCCGUGGCGGCCGCGCUGUGCCGCCUGCAGCCCGCCCUGGCGGCAGAUGCCAAGUGGAAAACGGUAACUGGCCAAAUUAAGAAAGCUGUGGAAGCCUAUGAGCCGUGUGUAAAGGAAAAUUGCAGCUGCCACCAAAGUGUCUGGAAGCAGGACCUGGCUCCUUUUCGAGGUGGCAUUUCCAAGGAGACCAUGUCAGACGUGGUGAGCCGGAAGCUCGGGACCCACUACCAAAUAAUUAAAAACAAACUGUAUCGUGAGCAGGACUGCAUGUUCCCUGCAAGAUGCAGUGGAGUUGAGCACUUCAUUCUGGGGAUCAUCCACCGCCUCCCUGACAUGGAAAUGGUGAUCAAUGUGCGAGACUACCCCCAGGUUCCCAAGUGGAUGAAACCCAUUAUCCCAGUCUUCUCCUUCAGCAAGACCUCUGAAUACAAUGAUAUCAUGUAUCCUGCCUGGACGUUUUGGGAAGGAGGACCAGCUGUUUGGCCAAUUUACCCAACAGGUUUAGGGCGCUGGGACCUCAUGAGAGAGGACCUCAGAAGAUCUGCAGAAAAAUGGCCAUGGAAGAAAAAAAUCUCUAAGGGAUAUUUCCGAGGAUCCAGAACAAGCCCUGAGAGAGAUCCCCUCAUCCUGCUGUCCCGAGAAAACCCGGAACUUGUUGACGCUGAGUACACUAAAAACCAGGCUUGGAAAUCUGAAAAGGAUACCUUAGGAAAGCCUCCUGCAAAGGAAAUUCCACUGGUUGAUCACUGCAAAUACAAGUACCUGUUUAAUUUCCGGGGAGUGGCGGCCAGUUUCCGCUUGAAGCACCUUUUCCUGUGCGGCUCACUCGUCUUUCAUGUCGGAGAGGAGUGGUUGGAGUUCUUCUACCCCCAGCUGAAGCCUUGGGUCCACUACAUCCCGGUGCGGUCAGACCUCUCUGAUGUCAGGGAGCUCUUGCAGUUUGUAAAGGAAAACGAUGCCAUAGCACAAGAAAUUUCAGAGAGGGGACGUCAGUUCAUCACUGAACACUUGGAGAUGGAGGACAUCUCUUGCUACUGGGAGCAUCUGCUGUCUGAAUAUUCCCAAAUCUUGACUUACAAAGUGAAAAGGAGGAAGAGCUACAGCGAGAUCACUUCUGGACAGCUGAAAACAGAACUGUAGAGACUUCUCUGUUUUUCUCUUUGGCUCAAACUGAUCACUAUGGAAAUCUGAAGAUCAGUAUUAACUUAUUUCUUGCUCUCUCAGACUUACCUUUCACAGAAGAACUACAGAGAACAGCAGUAGGCUGACUUGGACAUUGCUUCCAGGCACUGGGACCUGGUUAUAUUGUCACCACAAGAAUGCUGAGCAGCAUAUUGGAUUAAGGCUAUUUAAUGGGGUUGUCAGUCAUGCCUAGAGGAGGGAUGUUAGCAUUUAGGACUUAGUUACUACCUGUCUCAAAAUGAUCCUAAAUCCCAUUCAGUCGAUGAGAAGCCUUACCGGACUUUUUACCAGAGGUCAUGGCAAAGGACACAGACUGUGAGCUGCACUCAGCUAGUAAAUACUUGCCCCUUUGUUUGGCAAUGUUUUCUCAGCUGGGUGAUAGCACUUGGGGUAUUAGGUGUUCUCUGACAGAAGCAGGUACUGGGAUUUGGGGGUAUAUACCUUUCUGGAUAGCUUAGAGUUUAUCUUUAUGUCAGGUUUUAGAGGCUGAUGGUAAGGUUUUGACAUGUCCUUGGAGGAUAACUGAUCCUUGCAGAGUUACCCUACCUACCUCAGAGGGGAUCAGCAUAUGGUGGUGAUGGGGCCAUCAUCAGUGAUGUGCCUGGCAACUGAGACACAGAUUCAUCCUCCAGCAGAUGAGCUGGGUGCCUGCACAGCCCUGCACAACAGAGCCCCUGUUAAGGAUCUCUCACCAGCUGCCUGGCCAGACAUGCUGGGAUGUCAUCCUUAGGAACCCAGAGAAAGUAUUCAGAGGUAGAUUCAGCACUUCCUUUUUCCAAAAGUGCACAGUCUGCUCUGAUCUCCUUCUGUAAUCUUUCUAGGAUUAUUGUGAGGGUUUUUUUGUUUGGUUUUUUGUGGUUUUUUUGGUUUUUUUUUGUUUUUUUGUUUUUUUUUUUUUUUUUUUUUUUUUGUUUUUUUUUGUUUUUUUUUUUUUUGUUUUUUGUGGUUUUUUUUUUUUUUGUGGUUUUUUUUUUUUUUGUUUUUUUUUGAGACUAGUAAUACAUCUGCUCACUUCAGUUGUUGCUUUUCUUCCCCACAGCUGUGCCACUUCUUUUUUCAUCUCCUUCAGCCCGGUUGAGGGAAUGUCUUCAGUCACACAGUAGCAGCUACUGCUCACAUUACCCAUUUUGAGUUGGUCACAGGUUGCUUGUGCUCGCUGUCUUUAUGCCCACCACAGCCUCUUGGCUAAGAAGGACUGCAAUUCCUGAAAUGGUCUGUGCCCCCUAAAGUGAGAGGCUGGGAGGCAGCAGCAUCUUCUCUGGCACCCAGACAGGAAGAGUGUGGGGUGGCAGGAGGGACACAGGAGCCUCCCAGGGGAGCCUCCUUGUUGGUAAAGCAGCCUCAAAGCUGAGAGAGCAGCACAUUAUAAUGGAAGAGGAUGAUAGCAACAGCUCUCAGGCCCUCUGCAGUCAGUGUGUAUCAGGGAAGAAGGAAACUGCAUGGAACAGUAACAUUUAAGUGCAUGUGUGCCCUCACAGAGGCCUUGCAGCCCUGGUACAGGGACACAGCAGCUGGCCCUAUUGAUCAAGUGCUGGUUGCUGGGGCAGUGUGUUGGUUUUGGGACCAGUGCUGGGGUUAUCCCAUCCAGCAAAGGAAACAGAAUGGGGCAUUAAAAGAACCCGGUUUCCCCAGGAAAACUGUGCCAGAGUGGAAAGGGUUUUCUGGUUUUCUAUUUUUAGCCAACGGAGAGAUAGCACUCCAAGAAACUGAUCAGCUCUGUAUGAUAUUUUAAAACUAUUUGUAAUGAAGGGCUUUUUGGAAUAAAACAAAAAAUAAUGAA